UUUCAACAUCAAUCACCAUUCCAUAAUACAUUUUUCCCAAAUAAUGGGUGACAAACACACUCUAAAUCUUUUGUUUAUCUUCAGGGUAUGCUACCGGGGAAUCAAGAAAUCGCUGUGAAGAGGCUCUCAAGAAAAUCCAGUCAAGGUUUAGAGGAAUUCAAGAAUGAAAUUACACUAAUGGCAAAACUACAACACAGAAACCUUGUAAGACUUUUGGGCUGCUGCAUCCAAGGAGAAGAAAAAAUGAUACUUUACGAGUACAUGCCUAAUAAAAGCUUAGAUUCAUUUCUUUUUGAUGCUGCUAAGAAAGCCCAGCUCGACUGGAGGAAACGCUUUGCUAUCAUCGAAGGAAUUGCAAGAGGGAUUCUCUAUCUGCAUCGAGAUUCAAGACUUCGAAUAAUACACAGGGAUCUAAAAGCUAGCAACAUUUUAUUAGACGAAGAAAUGAACCCAAAGAUUUCAGAUUUUGGCAUGGCCAGAAUAUUUGGAGGGAACCAAAAUGAAGCGAAUACGAACAGGGUUGUGGGCACAUAGUAAGUGAUCUGGUCUUGCAUGCGAUUUUUAUA